AUGCAUCAGCUGCAACAACGGCAGCUGCAGCAGCACCAUCAACACCACCAACAUGUACAGGGCGCGGCUGGCGCUGGCGCCGGCACCGGCAGCGGCAUCUCGGCUGGCGGCAACAAUUCGGCUGCGGGCGGCGGUGGGCACUCGCAUUUGCAUGCCACCCAUUCGCACCCCCACCAACACGCCCACGCGCACACCCAUACACACGCGCAUCAGCAUGUUCAUCACCAAGGCGCUGGCGUUGCUCUGCUACAGCAACAGCAGCAACAACAACAAAAGCAAUUGCAGCAUCAGCACUCGCAUCCACCGUUGGCGCCACACGCACAUCCGCCGUUGCAGCAUCAUGUCUCGCUGGGCGGUGCUGGCAGUCAUCGCUAUCAGUCCAUGGUGGCGGCUGUGGUACAACAGCAGCAAUUGCAACAACAACAGCAGCAACAGACUACGCAGCAGCAAGCACAACAGCAACAACAACAACAACAACAGCAGCACCAUCAUCAUCGCCAACAUUCCACGCCGCAACACCACCGCUCGGCAUCGCAACACUCCGCCACAACCAUAAGGCGCCGCACACUCUCGCACGUUUCACGCUCUUAUUCGGCGUCCGCGGCCGCCGCAGCCGUAGCAGCAGCAGCAGCUGCCGCCUCAUCCAAUGCAAAUGCGAAGAACUCUAGCGGCGGUGGCAACAUACAGGUCGCCCCGAGCGUGGAACGCUCCCGUUGCCGUUCACCAAUGAUGCUGUGCCACAGCCACAGCGACGGCGAGUUUCCCAUGUACAAAGCGGCAGUACUUGUACUUAUAAAUAUGCGUAGCAUGUGUUGCGCCUGGGAUCAGCUACCUGCUGGCACGCACUGCAAAGGCCCAUCAACAUCGAAGUCCUCAUCGUCAGCGGCGGCUGUGCAGCACUACAGCGAGCAGCUGGAACGCACUUCAGCCACGAAGCGGGUGACGGCGAAGCCUCCCACGCGUGCACAGCCCCUUUCACAGCAGCAUCGCUCGCAGCCACAGUCGCCGUCGCAGCCACACCACCGUUACAGACGGCACCAUCACCACCACCACCACCAUCAUCAUCAGAGCCAGCCGCACAGCCAGCGGCAAUACUAUUAUCAGCACAAUGGGCUGCAGUAUUCGUACCAGGAGUAUGGUGUUGGCGGCGCUAGUGGCGGAAAGGCGACGAGUAACUGUCGGAAACGGAAACUACUGUAUUUCUUUAAAACAGCCUCGACGGCGAUGCUGCCAAAUAUCACCGGGAACAACGAAAUGUUGCUCAUACGCCGCAGCGUGCCAUUAGGCUUUCGGCUACACCGCAGCAGCCAAGAGCUGUGA